CUGAGUCUGCUAUCAAGUUCUUCAAUUUGUUGAGGAAUGAGUAUGAAUUUCGGCAUUCGUGGGUUUCUCAGUUCGUUAUUGCUCAUGUUUUGGCCCGAAAAAGGCGGCUCAAGGAGUUACGUUCAUUUGUACAGCAAAUGUUGCAAGAAGAAGGCUCCGGUUCUGCACCUUCACUUUCUGAGCUGCUGUGGAAUAGAUUCAGGGCCUGGGAAUCAAGUGGUGUGGUAUGGGACAUGUUGGCUUUUGUUUAUUCAAGGUCAGAGAUGGUCCAUGAUGCUCUCUUUGUUCUUGCCAAGAUGAAAGACUUGAAAAUCCAAGCUUCAAUCUUGACGUACAACAGUUUGUUGUACAACUUAAGGCACACUAGUAUCAUGUGGGAUGUAUAUGAUGAAAUCAAAGCUAGUAGGACUCCUCAGAGUGAACACACCAAUUCAAUUCUAAUAGAUGGUCUGUGCAGACAGUCAUUGCUACAAGAAGCAGUAGCCUUCCUGCGAGAGAAUGAAGGGAAGCAUUUUGGGCCCUGUGUUGCUUCAUUCAAUACCCUCAUGUCAAGGUGCUGUAAAAUGGGUUACGUAGAUGUUGCAAAAUCUUUCUUUUGUAUGAUGUUUAAGUAUGGACUACUUCCUGAUGCGUACAGUUACAAUAUUCUUAUUCAUGGGUUAUGCAUAGCGGGCUCAAUGGAAGAAGCAUUAGAGUUUUCAGAUGACAUGGAAAGGCAUGGUGUAGAGCCUGACGUAGUAACCUACAACAUUCUUGCCAAAGGUUUUCGUUUGCUUGGUAUGAUGAAUGGGGCUUGGAAGAUAAUUCGCAAAAUGCUGCUUAAUGGGUUGAAUCCAGAUAGUGUCACAUAUACAAUACUUAUUUGUGGACAUUGCCAGACUGGCAAUAUAGAGGAAGGCUUUAAGUUACGGGAAGAGAUGCUUUCACAGGGAUUUCAAUUGAAUGAUAUCUCUUAUAGUGUACUGCUUAGCAGUUUGUGUAAGAUGGGGCGGGUCGGUGAAGCACUCAGUUUGCUUCAUGAGAUGGAAUCAAUUGGCUUGAAACCAGAUCUUAUCACAUAUUCUAUUCUCAUUCAUGGUCUCUGUAAGCAGGGAGACGUACGAAAGGCUAUUCAACUAUACAACAAAAUGUGCUUAAAGAGAAUCUUUCCAAAUGCUCAUGCACAUAGUGCCAUCUUAUUGGGCCUUUCUGAGAAAGGGACAUUAUUAGAGGCGAGAAAUUUUUUUGAUGCUUUGACAAAGGGUGACUUGAUGGAGGAUAUUAUUUUGUAUAAUAUCAUGAUUUAUCGGUACGCAAAAGUUGGUAAAAUUGGAGAGUCUGUACAGUUAUACAAACAAAUAAUUGAAAAAGGGAUUACUCCAAGUAUAGUCACUUUCAAUUCUCUUAUUUAUGGAUUCUGCAAAUGCAGAAAGCUAGCUGAGGCUAGAACAUGGUUGGAUACCAUCAAGGCACAUGGAUUGGUGCCAAGUGCUGUAACAUACACCACUCUUUUGAAUGCAUUAUGUGAAGAGGGCAACAUAUGUGGCAUGCUGGAAGUGCUCAAUGAGAUGGAAUCAGGAGUGGUACAACCAACCAAUGUUACAUACACAGUGAUUAUAAAAGGACUCUGUAAACAAAAGAGGCUACAAGAAUCUCUCCAAUUACUUGAGGAUAUGUAUGAUAAGGGUAUCUCCCCGGAUGAAAUCACAUACAAUACUUUAAUCCACUGUUUUUGCAAAGCUCAUGACAUGAGAAAAGCCUUUCAGUUGCACAAUGAGAUGCUACUACAUAAUCUUCAGCCAAGCCCCAUCACAUAUAAUGUUCUCAUCAAUGGUCUUUGCAUAUAUGGAGACCUAAAGGAUGCUGAUAGACUGUUCUCUUCUCUUCAGGACCAAAAUAUUGGAUUGACAAAAGUUGCUUAUACUACACUAAUCAAAGCACACUGUGCAAAGGGUGAUGUCUGUAAGGUAGAUGAACUCUUUUGCCAAAUGAUAGAGAGGGGGUUUGAAAUCUCUAUAAGAGAUUAUAGUGCUGUGAUAAAUAGAUUGUGCAAAAAAAAUCUUACAGUCAAAGUUAAAGUUUUCCUUCGUAUGAUGUUAUCUGAUGGAAUCUCCCUGGAUCAAAAAAUUUGUUCGGUGAUGCUUAAUGCUUUCCAUCAAAUUGGUGAUCUCAAUUCAGAAUUUGAACUGCUUGCUGUGAUGAUAAAAUAUGGCCUGCUUCCUGAUUAGAUCCAUGAGAAACUGAUGAUUCUUAUGGUUCUCACAAUUGGAAAGAACAGUCCAUUGGUUGAUCUGGAAGUCCAUCAUGCAAGGGGGUUUGCUCUUAGGUAUACUGUUGCUGAAAACUGAGUCAAUCUUUAGGGAAAACCCCAGCUGGGAAUGAGUUGCAGAAAUCAAUGGCUUAUGGCUUUGCAGAGACUUUCUAUCUCUCCAGCAACAAUCUUCACUGCUCUCAACAAUCGAAAACAGUGCUCUCUCUCUCUGUUCAAUUGCGUGAAGAUAGGAAGCUUGCAGAGGAGGACCCUUUCUUCUACAGCUGCUGCUGAAGCUCUAGAAGAGGCCAUUGCUUCCGAACCUAUUGUAAGGAGCGCAAGAAAACAGAUGACUGUGAAUUGGCAGCAAUUGAUUCUAUUGGAAUCUUCCUGGGAAGAUUGCAGAUUGAGGAGGCCAUUGAGUUGAUUAGACUUGAAGAUGAUUUGCAGGUCAUGUAUUUGUUCCUAUUGAUCCAAAUCAUUGUGAAGAAUUCGAUCCCACAACCGUACCAACCCUUUCUGAAGUAUGCAUGUACCAAAAUAAAUUAUUCAUCAAUCACCUGCUUGCCACUCAAAAGAUUUUAUAAUGGUACUCAGUGGUUCAAUGUUGUCCACUUUCUUCUCCUUAGCGUGAAUUUAUCAAAUCUGCAGCUUUUGGGCCAACUUUAACGUGCGAGGUUUCAGAGCAGAUGGUGAUGACGAGUGGGAUGGAACAUCACUUUGGAAAAUCGAUUAGAUAUUUCAGAUCAUCUUUCUUGCAACCUUUACUCAAGUCAUAUUUAUCAAAAAAAAAAA